GUCGACGAGCGCUGAUUGGCAGCGAUGGCGGACAGUGCCGUUUUCCGAUUGGUCGGUUGGCCCUAAGUGGGCGGGGCUUCGAUUAAAGCGGCUGCGAGGCGCGGGUGACAGAUCCCCAGGAGCGGAGCAAGAUGAACCCGGAUGGCGGCGCCGCCUCCAAGCGCCGGCUGCCGGCCGCCAGCAUGGCCAGUCCUCACCAGCUCUUCGAUGACACCAGCGCCGGCGCCCUGGGCAGGGGCUACGCUGCCCAGCAGCCCCCCGCUGCGGGCUCCUUCCUGGCCGAGCCCGUCUCCAGCUUCGCCGUGGCCUACGGCACCACCCUGGCCAGCCAGGGCAAGGAGAUCGUCGACAGGAAUAUUGACCGCUUCAUCCCCGUGACCAAGCUGAAAUAUUACUUUGCUGUGGACACCGUCUAUGUGGGCAGGAAGCUGGGGCUGCUUCUCUUCCCGUUCAUGCACCAGGACUGGCAGGUGCGAUACCAGCAGGACACGCCCGUAGCACCCCGGUUUGACAUCAACGCCCCUGAUCUCUACAUCCCAGUCAUGGCUUUCAUCACGUACAUCCUGGUGGCUGGCUUAGCGCUGGGGACCCAGAACAGGUUUUCUCCCGACAUCCUGGGCUUGCAGGCCAGCUCGGCCCUGGCCUGGCUGAUUGUGGAGGUGCUGGCCACCCUGCUGAGCCUCUACCUGGUGACUGUGAACACGGACCUCACCACCAUCGACCUCGUCGCCUUCUCGGGGUACAAGUACGUCGGGAUGAUUGUCGGCAUCGUGUCUGGCCUGCUCUUCGGCAAGACCGGCUACUACUUGCUGCUCAGCUGGUGCUGCCUGUCCAUCUUUGUCUUCAUGAUCAGGACGCUGCGGCUGAAGAUCCUGUCGGAGGCGGCUGCGGAGGGGGUGCUGGUGCGGGGGGCCAAGAACCAGCUGCGCAUGUACCUCACCAUGGCCAUCGCCGCCCUGCAGCCGCUCUUCAUGUACUGGCUGACCUUCCACCUGGUCAGGUGAUGGGGCCUCCCUGCUGCCUGGCCCCUGCCCCUCGCUCCCCAGGCCCAGCCGGGCUCCCUGCGGGCGUCAAACAAGGCUCGGGCUGCGGUGCGUCCUCGUGUUAGGGCUAGCGGGGGGGGGUCUGUGUGAGCGGCUCCCGGCCAGGAUCGGGGGGGGUCCCUCUCUGAUGGGUUUAGCCACUGCAGGGUUUUGUUGAAGGGCCUGUGACCCCAACCUGGGGUGUGGAAGGGAGGGUGUCCCCUCCCCCUGGCAGCGGGGGAGGCAGCUGGAGCUUGGCUUGUCUCUGGGACCAACGUGGGAGAUGCCAGGCUCUGCCCUGGCAGUGUCUGUGGAGGGGUGGGACCCUCCGCUGGGCAGUGUCUGGGGGGCGGGGGUGUCCCUUACCCUGCAGUGUCUCCUCCAGCCGGGCCGUGAGGAACCUGCCUGGAGUCCUGUACGCGCCAGCCCUGCCCCUGCCUGCUUCUGCACCAAGCUGGGGUGCGUGUGAAAUGCCUGGCGCCGCCCCCAUCUCCAGGCUGGGCAGGGCCGGGCCAGCACUCAGGGGGGCUGCUCGGUGCAUGGCCCACCGGCCAUUUUGAACCAGCCGCUGUUCUUUGGUUUCUGGGGGGCUGGGGGUGGGGCAGCGGGGGCCAGUCUUGCCCUGAACGCUGCCUUCGGGCUGGCUUCCUGCAGCUCCCGCUAAUGCCUGAGCAGGCCCCCAGCUCCCCGCUUUGCCAGCCCCCCACCCCGCCCCCCUGGU